CUGGGCUGCAGGAACCGAACUGUAGGACCUGGGCUGCAGGAAGGGUUUUAUUUUCCUCUCUGUGAUACAGAAACGAUCAGUGAUGUCCAAACUUCUCUGCCUUCUGCUUCUUCUGUGCUCGCCUCCAGCUGUAGUCUCUCUCUUCUGUUACACCUGUGUGUUUCCGGCCAUCUCUCCUCUGGACUGCAUCAGAUUCCCGCUGAAGUGUCCGCCCGGGCAGCUCUGCCUGUCCAGCAGAGCCGUGGGACAGAAAGGUGACUUCCGUGUGGUGCUGUAUGAGAAGAGCUGCGUCCUGGCUGCCCUGUGUGGAGUCACAGGGGAAAAAUAUACCUUGGGUCUGAACUUCACCUUCACCAACGAAUGCUGCAACACGCAUCUGUGCAACACAGCUGCAAUUCCUCCUCACCCCCCCCUCUGGACUGCCCUGUUACUCCCUCUGCUCACAGCUUGGUGAACAGCAUGAAUGGAUGAGUUUAUUGUGAAGGUGCAUUGAAACAGUCUAAUCAAAUCAGGAGUGGCGCUCCUAUAAGGUUCAAUGAGAAAAACAACUACAUCACACACACUACUAUCUACAAAACUAAUUAUAAAUGAGUACCAGACAUACAACGAAUGAUCAGAAACCAAGUCAAAUAUGAUCAUAUAUCACAUAUACACAUGUGUACGCCUGGGCAUGCUCCUGAUGAGACGGAGGAUGGUCUCCUGAGGGAUCUCCUCUCAGACCUGGACUAAAGCAUCCACCAACUCCUGGACAGUGUGUGGUGCAAU